AACGAAACAAAAAUUCUCAGUUUUUACUCUUCUUUUUAUUCUCGCCCCACGCUCUUCCGUCGUUGUUUACAACACUAAUCACAAUAACAACAGUGGCAAACGGAUCAAGCUAAAGCAGCGCAGCAGCAGAAACUGGCAGAGUCAGAAAGCGCAGCAGCAGCAGCGUCAAGCUCCAACAACAAAAUGAGUUGGGGUACUGAGCUAUGGGAUCAGUACGAUAAUCUUUCAAUACACACAAACAAAGGCAUUGAAGUGCUCGAUAAAUAUGCCAAUUUUUUACGGGAUCGAGUGGCCAUAGAAACGGAAUAUGCUGGCAAAUUAAGGCGCUUAGUGAAAAAUUAUCAGCCCAAAAAGAAGGAGGAGGAAGACAAUGAAUUUACAUCGAGGCAAGCUUUCCGCAAUCUGCUCAAGGAGGUGGGCGAUUUGGCGGGGCAGCGCGAGGUUGUGUCGGAGACCCUGCAGACGCAGAUAAUCCACGGCGUGACGGUGCUAUCGAAAACACUGCGAGAGGACCGCAAGAAAUGCCUUACAGAUGGCACCAUGCUGCAACAGACCCUCAGCGCACAGCUCUCGGCAUUGGAGCGCGCCAAGCGCAACUAUGACAAGGCGUAUCGGGACUCCGAGAAGGCUGUGGAGAACUACAAGAAGGCUGACAUGGAUCUCAAUCUGAGUCGCGCCGAGGUGGAGCGUUACAAGAACAUUAUGACAUCCAAAAUACAACAGUCGGACGAUGCAAAGAACGAAUACGCCAACCAACUGCAGAAAACAAACAAUCUACAGCAGCAGCACUAUGGUAUACUAUUGCCCGCCGUCUUCAAUCGGCUGCAGGAGCUAGACGAGAAGCGUACGCGUGGCAUACGGGAGUUCAUUAUUGGCGCCGCGGACGUGGAGUCCUCUGUGGCGCCCAUUAUCGCGCGUUGCAUGGAAGGCAUUGUCAAGGCGGGCGAAUCCAUAAACGAGAAAGAAGACUCGUUAAAAGUCAUCGAAAGAUACCAAUCGGGCUUCACACCACCAACGGACAUACCAUUUGAGGAUCUGUCAAAGAUGGACCCCGGCGUCGCCCCUCAAUCCAACUACAGCAGUGUCCCCUACAACCACUUGACCAUUAAGGGCGGCACGCUGACCGCCGCCAAGCUGAAGAAGGCCCGCGGCGGCAUCUUAAACAGCAUCUUUGGCAGCAACAAGCAACGGCAGAUAAUUGAAGCUUGUAUCACGAUGAAGAAUUCACUUACUGCGGACGGCCAAAAGGAGGACUUUAGCGAUCUGCCACCGAAUCAGCAGCGCAAAAAGCUGCAGGCGAAAAUUGCCGAGCUACAGCAUAAGGUCGAUCAGGAGACGAAUACCCGCGAUGGUCUGAUGAAGAUGAAAAUUGUUUAUGAGGCAAACUCUUCGCUGGGCAACCCGAUGACCGUUGAGGGUCAACUGAACGAAUCCGAGCACGAAUUGGAUAAACUGAAAAUGAGUUUGAAAAAGUAUCAAGGCUUUUUGGACAAGGCUAAUCAGCUGCAGGUGGCCAACAAUAGUCCGCAAUCGAAUCGUAAUCAAUUGCAAAACGGACACCGAACAUCCAGACAUUCCAAUGGCAGCGCUAGCGCUGAUGAUCAUCAUGAUGCCGAUGAUCAGCCCGAUGAUGCUGGCAGCUUAAGCAGGUCAGAUUCUGAGGAUAAUGUGGCGCAAAUACAAAAUGGGCAUAAUAAUAACAAUAACGGCAGUUCGGCAAGUCCCGAGAGCGGACUAGGCACCUCGCACACAUCACUGCCCGGCUCCGGACAGGGCAGCGCCAAUGAGAAUCCGAUUGGUGAAGAGACGAGCUACGAAGCGGAAGUAGAAAUGCUGCAACCACUGGGCACAUGUCGUGCGCUAUAUCCCUUCGAAGCUACCAGCGAAGGCAGUAUACCCAUGAGCGAGGGUGAGGAGCUUCAAGUGAUUGAGAAUGAUCAGGGCGAUGGAUGGACGCGCGUGCGGCGGGCGAACAACACAAAUGGCUGGGACGAGGGCUUUGUGCCCACGAGUUACAUCGAGUGCACACUCUUUGCUUAGAUUAGAUUAGGCGGCAGGAGCGAGCAGUUAAGCAAAUUUUAACUACUUAACAGCAUUUGCAUAUGUUCCAUACAAUUGUGUACUUUUGUCAUAACUUUGCGUUAUUCUGGACAGCCAUAAAAACUGAAUACCACAACUAUCACGAAUAUUCACACUCUCGCACACACAAAUACAUACCCACACACACGCAUCUUACGCACAACCAUGUACAUUCGACUUAAGAUAAGUUAAAAAUUCAUUUUCUGAA